CGGAGGAGGACGAUGAAUGAGCCGAGAGGGGCUGACAGGGAGCAGAGGGGCCGGGGCGAGACGAGAGGAUGAGCCGGCCGACGGAGCAGCAGCAGCAGCAUCCGCACCAGCCUCCGACCACAUCUGCUGGAUCCCACUCGAAGCUCCGAUCCGAGUCAGAAAUUAGGACGAGCGACCGGCGUUAGUUUCACCGUUAAACAAUCCGCCGCUGAGGAUGUGAUGCCGGAGCCCGGAUCAUGCACCGAUUCCCCCCAGACGGCGCAGGGGAGGUGAAGCCCCGUCAUGAAAGAAGAUGUCCGCUUUGAAGGACUCGCUCGGCGGCUGUGAAACCCGCUAAUCUCGGACGGGGUGGGUCGAAGGGGGGGGUGCGCUGGAGGAGGAGGAGGCGGCGGAGGGGGGUUUGAUGGCACAGCGGAGAAGCAACGAAAGCACCAGGGGACUGACAGCAGGGUUGGUGAACAGCGGGGUGUGUUGAGACCGGAGGAAUGGACGUGGCUGUCUUCGGUUCGGGAUAAGUCUCCAGACAGCACUCACAGACCGCGGGCGAGCGGCGGAGGGGUGCACGUGAACGCUGCGGUUUCCCCCCUACAUUUGAACUUGGUUCUUUUCUCAAAGGCAGCUGCGGCGCUGUGAGGGAAAUCGGGCUGUAAACCCAACGGUCCUACCGGGGGGGAGUCCGGGUCGCUAAUCCCCGCCUGGGCUCAGGAGGAGUUUCUCUCUUUAGCUAGCUAGCAUCCACUACUGCCAGGGGCUGCGGUGCGUUCACGGGCACCAUGCAAGCGCGCGAGCUCGGGUGAAACCACCGCCAGCCACCAAAAUGCACCCAAGGGCAUAGCAACAACAUUAGCAACAACAACAACAACAACAAGUCAUGUCGGACUGACAACGGCACCGUGGCUCCACCGGCCGCGAAGUCCCAGCAGCGACCACAGCGGCUCAUUGCCAGGCGGGGAGAGAGAGAGAGAGAGACAGAGGUGGUGGGGGGGAUCAGACAGCUAACCCCGCUCACAUCGCCCUCCGGAGCCCACCGGCGAGCAGCAGCUUCCAGCUCCUCCAGCCUCCACCUCCAGCCAACAUGGGGGAACAGCCCAUCUUCAGCACACGGGCCCACGUCUUCCAGAUUGACCCGAACACCAAGAAGAACUGGGUUCCCACCAGUAAACACGCUGUCACGGUCUCCUACUUCUUCGACAGUACCAGGAAUGUGUAUCGAAUCAUCAGCCUGGAUGGAUCUAAGGCCAUCAUCAACAGCACCAUCACCCCCAACAUGACAUUCACAAAGACGUCGCAAAAGUUUGGCCAGUGGGCCGACAGCCGGGCGAACACAGUCUAUGGCCUCGGCUUCUCGUCUGAGAGUCUCCUGGUCAAGUUUGCAGAAAAGUUUGCUGAGUUCAAGGAGGCAGCGCGGGUAGCGAAGGAGAAGUCUCAGGAGAAGAUGGAGCUCAGCAGCACUCCCUCUCAGGAGUCGGCCCCGGGUGACCUGCUGUCACCUUUGACCCCUGAGAGCAUCAACGGUACGGACGAAGACAGAGUCACACCAGAGCCACCGCCACCACCACCCGCUGAAGCCAGAGCAGAGCCAUCCCAGAAUGCACUGCUCUUCACACACAGUUCCAGUUCGACCAGCAUCAAUAAGCACUGGGAGGCGGAGCUCGAGGCACUCAAGGGGAACAACGCCAAACUGACAGCUGCUCUGCUCGAGUCCACAGCCAACGUCAAACAGUGGAAGCAGCAGCUGGCAGCCUAUCAGGACGAGGCGGAGAGGCUACACAAACGGGUGACGGAGCUGGAGUGUGUGAGCGGUCAGACGACGGUCAUCAAAUCUCAGAAGACAGAACUUAACCGAACAAUCGAGGAGCUGGAGUUGGAUCUGAGGGCCAAAGAGGAGGAGUUGGAGCAGCUUAAAGAGGAGGUGCAGAGUGCCCACGAGUUUCAGUCCCACAGAGACUCUCUCACUCAGAAACUACAGGACACGGAGACGAGGAACCAGACGCUGGAGGCCCAGCUGAGCGACCUGGAGCAGCGGCUGGAGGGCAGCCAGCUGGAGAGAGAAGCCUUUCGCACGAGCCUGCGCUCCCUGCUGGAGCUGCUGGACACCAAGAUCUUCGAGCUGACCGAGCUGCGGGACACGCUGGCCAAGCUCAUCGAGGGGAGCUAGACACACACACACACACACACACACACACUCAAACUAACACACGCACGCCUCCACUUCCACUGACGUGAGCGCGGCAGCCUGUGUGGCCCGGAGAGGCGCUCCAAUGAAAGAAUUCACCUGCAUGUUGGCACUCACAUAAUCACAGACAUGUACAACAACUUGAAUUCUCUUCUCUUUUAGUUCCACAUGUAUACUAUACGUGUAAAAGAGUAUGUUUACACACUUUAUGCAUUAACGGUAGACACACAUUUUGCCAGGUCCGCAUCGUUUACAAAAUGCAGGGGGCUUUGCUCGGGACAUGCCUUCCCUCCGCUCGCUCCACUCCGGAUUAUUCUCGACUUUGUGAACACACAGAAACUCGGAAUGAAUCAGUUUUUUGGGGAAUUUUUUUUAAUAUCGUUCCUUUCGAGCAGACGUUACAUUUUUUCUUCUUGCUUUCUGUUCCUUCCUUCAUUACGACUUUUUUUCGGCUUCGCUUUGGUGCAGUUUUGUAAACACCCGGAGCCUGCGAUUGUUCCCCGUCUUCUUUUUCUCUCUCUCUUCCUCACUUUUCUCAGCCGCCGGGGGUCAUCGUCAGCCAAAUGAACACUGUAAGAGUCGACUCUGGCUUUUUCUUACACCCUGAGAGUGAUCUUUUUUUUUUUUCAUUAUUGAAACUCUGGAGGGUCGAAUGUGAUGAUUAAGUACUGAUGUUCCUCCUCUGACUGAAAUCCACUGUUGGACUGCCAAAAACAAACAAAAAAGGCCCUGGAGGACCUGCAGUAUGUCUUAUAUUCUUAUACAAUAUAUGAGCAAUACAAAAAGGGAGCGUCUGAGGGUAAAUAAACACUUCCCACUCUCACUUUCAGGUACUUUUACCCCUGUCUUGAUUAGACCACACUCGAGUUGGGAUUUUAUUCUAUAGUUUUUCUUUCUAUCUAAUUUUUUUUAAAAGAAUAUUAUUGUAACAAAUUCAUAGUGCACUUGUUAAAAUGGGGUUUGUGUGUGUGUGGGUGAAUCAGAUGAUCAUGUUUUCUUUCCCUUAUUAUUACUGUUGCUACUUGAAGUGCAAUGAUUUGAUCCUUUUUCUUCUUUUGUUAAUUUAUUACUCAAAGAGCUGAGUUUGUUCUAAUGAUAAGCUGUAUGAAAAAAAGCAAAGAUCUUUAUUUACAUCUCCUUUUCACUUCAUCUUUUCUAUAGUCUGCUACGUGGGUGUUGAGGUACUUUAGUUUUUUGGGGAAAAACUGGCAAUAUUUUUGAACUAUUUAUCAGAGCAAAUGAAAAAAGAGAUGCCAGGCGACGGAAGUUUGAAUUUGCAAAGAAUCUGGUUUGUUUCUUUUGCCAAAUGACGUUCUCCUGUACAGAAUUUUUGCUGAUGUUGCCUUUGGUACAGAGAUGCAUCAACGGUAGCUAACUAGCAGUACUUUCUUUCUUUCAUGGGAUUUACUAUUGCCAAAAAAUUCAGCGCCGCCGAGAGGAAGAGGGUACCUUCACCUGAAGAACACUACUUAAGGGCUUGUUGUCGGUUCUGUUACAUUUGGGAAACCUGAACGAUUUUAGCAGUGACUUUAUCACGUUGACUCUUGCAGCUUGAAAUGGAGAAAAAAAAUAAACAUUUGAAUAAUACUUUUAAAUGUUGAUUAUACCACAUGAUUAAAAACACAAAUUGUAAUUUUGAGUUUAUAGUAAAAACAAAAAUGAAAAAUU